AUGCCACUACAACUGAUUCGUCGUCUGUCUUUUAGACAUCGAAGAAACCAAGAAAAUGCUGAAAAGAAUAUCACCGAAACGAUGCGAAAAGCAUCUUCUUGCAAAGGAUUACUCAAAAACGAACGAGCGGAGGACAAGCCACGCCUACCCGAUGAUCUGUUAUUGCGUAUCAUUGACCAAUGUGACGCAAUCGAACAGAUAAGAAUGAGGGCUGUGUGCAAGACGAUCAAAAGUCACGUAGACAAAAAGAUUAAGAAGAUAACUUAUCUCAAUGUCGAAAAACGUGACAUUGAUACAGCGUCUGGCCGAGGUUGGGCACGACAUCGACACGCUCAAGUGUCGCUGAAAAUGCGUAUGAAUACAGCAAGAAUUGUCGUUGAUUCAAGAUGGACAUCGCGUGAUGUGUCCACUGUUGUUGGAGCAAUGAGUGUCUAUCGAAAGACUAUACUCGAAGCUACAAUUGAUGCUCCAAUUGCUGAAUUAGUGAGUUUCAGCUCAUUUCUUUGCAUUUUUUUGCGCUCUACGCUGGUUGUAUCGUUAUCGGCACUGGAUCUAAACCGAUGGUAUGCCUUCCAGUGUUUUAUGAAAGCUAUGGAUGUGUUUGAUGAAGAUAUGCAUAUGGAUUGCGAUUUUGUGAAUCCUGGAGAGUCCGCGUCAAUCGCGUUGUCCCCUUUCCGUUCGCGCAACAGCUGUGCAAGAGCUUCUCAACGCGUUUGCGCGCGUAUGCCUUGGGUAGGCCCGCGCCUGCGACUGACGUUUCCUGUGCAAAAAGGAGUUUAUUGGCCAAAUAUUCAGCAUCUAAGUGUGCGCACCACUGAACAGCAAGCUCCCCAUCUUGCUAGAGUGAUUGAUUACGGCGUACAAUGCAAUUGGGUGUUGGACCGUCGAAAUUUAUGUCGUUUACGCAUCAUAUUUACUGAUUUGGAUGCCUCACCGUCCCGAAAAGUCUCUCGGCAUGUCUACCACUUCAGACAUUCUGCAUUUACAACUUGUGCCUAUCGCUUCGCAACCGCCGCGCAUGUUGAUGCGCGCGCUCGCGUCGCGUGUUGGGCCGGUUCAGCAGGCUUCGAUCAUCGGUACGAGCAACAAUUUGCUGCAAAAGCACAAAGUGUCAUGAUCUAA